UUAUAUAUAGGUUUUGAAAUGUUUUAAUACAUAAAAAUAUGAAGAAAGAUAUAGAUAUGUCAUUAAAUGAAAGACAAUUCAUUCUUGAGGCUUUAAACAAUAAUCUUAGACUAGAUGGCAGAGAUUUUGAUAUUUGGAGAGAUUUAAGCUUAAUUUUCGGCAAUAACUAUGGCCAGGUAGAGAUAUCUCUUGGAAAAACAAGAAUUUUUGUUUGUAUCUCAGCAGAAAUUACAGAACCAUAUCCAGAUAAACCUUAUGAAGGGAUUUUUACAAUUGACAUAGAAUUAACACCAAUAAUAUAUUCACCAUUUGAAUCUGGAAGAUCAUCAGAAGAAACACAGAUUAUUAGUAUUAUUGAUAAGGCUAUAAAGAAAUCACGUAUGCUAGAUAAAGAAUCGCUAUGUAUUAUUUAUGGUCAUUAUUGUUGGUCUAUUCGUGCAGAUGUUCAUUAUUUAAAUCAUGAUGGUAAUCUCGUAGAUGCAACAUGUAUUGCAGUUGUUGCAGCAUUACUUCAUUUUAGAAAGCCAGUUGUUACAGUGAAAGGAGAGGAAAUUAUUAUUCAUCCUAUUGAAGAACGAGUUCCUGUGCCUCUAAUUCUAACACAUAUUCCAAUAUGCGUUACUUUUAGUUUUUUCAAUAAAGGAAAAAUAUUACUUAUGGAUACAACAUUACAAGAAGAAAGGUUAAGGGAGGAAUAUAUGAUUAUUACUUUAAAUAAAAAUAAAGAAAUUUGUCAAAUAUCAAAACCAGGAGGAAUCACUAUAGAAACAUCACAUAUCUUUAAAUGCCUUGAUCUUGCAUUAAAAAAAACAUUAGAAAUUACAGAUUAUCUCAACAAAAAAUUAGAAGAGAAUGAAAAACUCAAUGGAUAUGAUAAUGAAAUUAAGAAUAAUAUAUAGAAUAUGUUUCCGUAUUUUAUAUAGCUGUAAAAAAUAAAUCUAAUUAUUCAUACAUAUCAAACUAAAAUAUUAUAAUAAAAGAUACUAAGACUUAUAUAUUUUUAAAUAUAACAUUAAUCAGAACUUCUAUUUUUAUGCCAAUUAUCUUUAUGUUUUUGAAUCCAAGGAUGCAAUGGAACUUGAUCAAGUGCUAAUCUCUUUUCAGGAUUAUGUUGUAAAAGCUUAAAAAUAUCAUUUAACUUAAAUUAUGAGAAUAAAUAAUACCUUAGUAAUAAGAUCUUUAGCCUCAGAACUUACAUGAUCAGGAAUUUUAAGAUCGACUUUAGCUAUUCGUUUAUACGUAGCAGGAUAUCCACUUAAAUCUUCAAAAGGAGGAGAACCGACGAGAAACUCAUAUGUAAGAACACCCAAAGACCAAAUGUCAACCUUCUCAUUAUGAUCACGCCCUUCUACCAUUUCAGGAGGUAGGUAAUCAAGAGUUCCACAAAGAGUAUUCCGUCUACAAAACUUAAACAAGAAAAAGAUUUAUUAUAUAUUUACCUUGAAUUAGGUGCAUGAACACUCCAUCCGAAAUCAGACAGUUUAACUUCUCCAUUGAUCCCAAGUAAAAUAUUUUCAGGUUUUAUAUCUCUAUGUAUAACAUGUUUUUUAUGUAAAUAUGAAAGCGCAGAUGCCAUUUGUGCUAUAUACUUUUCAUAUUAGCAAGAUUUAAAAUAAUAAAAACAUACUUCUGAAG